AAAGCAGCUUUUCCACAAACAGUUGGAAGACCCUUUUGUUCUCCACUUCUGUAUCAAAUAUUCGGGGGAAUUAUAAUGAGCACAGGAAGCAGAACGUGGCUCGUGGCAGCUGCUAUUGGUGCAGUGGAGGCCUUGAAAGAUCAAGGAAUAUGCAGAUGGAAUUAUACCAUAAGGACAUUCCAUCAACAUGCCAAGAACAAGGUUCGAUCUUUUGCUCAAGCCAGGAUGCUCUCCUCUUCAACAUUGCAGGCGACGAGGAUGGAGAAGGCGAGAUGGGAUCAAAGGAAGAAGGCGGAAGUGACCAUGGAAAGGGUUGUGCAGAUGAACUGUUGGGGACCUAGUACAGUUAGAUUUUAGUGUAAAGACUAAAGCUUUUGUAGAAUCAAAUUCUUCAACUUCGUAAUUUAAGUUUUCCACUUUGAAUAAUUGCAUCAAAAUGAG